GAAUUGCGAAGGUAUCAUCUGGCGUCAUUGAAUGCUCGUGAUUUACUGAGGGCGCCGCAUGAAAAUGCAAUGCGACGAUUCUCCGAUGCGUGUCACAACUCGUAAUCUUCUUAAGGAUUCGAUUCUAUAACGGAGUAAAUCCCAUUAGAAACGAUACGGCUUCGAGAAGCGAGGAAGCCCCGGCGAGACUAUAUGAAGAUCUGACCGCGCGCUGAGGAAGCUGUCACUUCUGGGCGGGAAACAAAUUUCAAGCCAAACCACUCGUUCGUUUAAGACCAAAACCGCCAAAUCUACAGCGCGUCCCAGAUGCUCCCGCUAUUAUUUUUGGCCUACGUCGUAGCCGUUAAAGUAUUCAAGAAGACCACCCCCAAUGGCAAAGUCACGGUCUACCUGGGCAAGAGAGAUUUCAUCGACCACCUGGACCACACCGAUCCUAUCGACGGUGUGCUCGUAGUGGAGAAUGACUACCUUCAGGGCCGCAAAAUCUUCGGUCAGGUUUCGACGACUUACCGCUAUGGCCGCGAGGAGGACGAAGUCAUGGGAGUCAAGUUCAGCAAAGAGCUCCUGUUGUGUCGCGACCAGAUCGUACCGGCGAAGAAGGAGAAGCAAGAGACCACGCCGAUUCAGGAUCGCUUGCUGAAUCGUCUGGGUGCGAACGCGUAUCCCUUCACCUUCCAAUUCCCGCAGACUGCUCCUUGCUCGGUCACCCUGCAACCUGGUGACGACGAUCAGGGAAAACCCUUGGGAGUCGAGUACGCCGUGAAAGUGUUCGUCGGGGACAAUGAAGAGGACAAGGGACAUAAGAGAUCCUCCGUAUCGCUCACCAUCAAGAAGCUGCAAUACGCUCCGCCGUCGCGAGGCCGUAAGCUCCCCAGCUCUCUGGUUUUCAAGGGAUUCACCUUCUCCCAGGGUAAACUGAGCCUGGAAGUCACGUUGGACCGAGAGAUCUACUAUCACGGCGAGAAAGUUGCGGCGAACGUCAUAGUGACGAACAACUCGCGCAAGGCGGUGAAGAACAUCAAGCUUUACGUGGUGCAACAUUGCGAGGUGACGAUGGUGAAUGCCCAAUUUUCACGGCACGUGGCCAGCUUAGAGACUCGCGAGGGCUGCCCGAUCACGCCUGGCGCAUCCUUCACGAAGCAGUUCUAUCUUGUGCCGUUGGCCAGCAGCAACAAGGACCGGCGCGGCAUUGCUCUCGACGGACACCUCAAGGACGACGAUGUGAAUCUGGCGUCCUCCACUCUGGUCGCCGAGGGCAAGUGUCCGGCUGAAGCUCUGGGUAUCGUGAUCUCCUAUUCCGUUCGAGUCAAAUUGAACUGCGGCACUCUGGGCGGUGAACUGGCCACCGAUGUUCCGUUCAAAUUGAUGCAUCCAGCUCCCGGCACGAUCGAAAAAGAAAAAGCCAUGCUGAAGAAGAGCAAGAGCAUGGAGAGAGCGCGAUACGAGAACUCCUGCUACGUGAACGACGACGAUGAUAAUAUCGUGUUCGAAGAUUUCGCCCGCCUGCGUCUGAACGAACCGGAAUAAAUAUCACCGGAUCACUUUUCAUCGGGCUGCGACCGAUUUACCAAUCAAAAGAAUCCAGAGCUUUCUCCGCGAGGUUGUAG